ACUAUUAGAGAUGUUAACUUCAAUAAAUAUUUAUUUCCUGAUAACGACGACAAUUUUGAUUCCCGGAUAUGGAACACGAAUCAAAAGUCUCGAAUUGCCAAAUUUGCUGCAAAAAGGAUCAAAUGUUAAAUUUAUUUGCGUUUAUGAAUUAUUGAGUAGUGAUUCUGGAAUAGUAAUAAAAUGGUACCACAAUCAGAAGCAAAUUUAUGAAUGGAUUCCACCUUUGGCUCCUCGUGAUAUGGGAAUUAUGAAAGGAUUAAUCGAGUAUCCUUGGGAGAAUAUAAAUCGACCCCAUUCUCAUUCUAUUUUGGAAAUAAAAAAUAUAACGACUAAUUUAUCUGGAGAAUAUACUUGUACGAUCAGUACUUUUCAGGAUGAGGAUUCAAAAUCAGCAAAUGUCAUUGUUUAUGUUCCAGUAAACAAUGUGACAAUGAAAACGGAAUUAUACAAUGAAACUCACCUGAAUAUUUCAUGUGAAACAUUUGGAGCGCACCCUUCACCGAAAUUAAAGAUUCUUAUCAAUGGAUUAGAAGUUGAGGGCGAAACUAAUUAUUCCAGUGACUAUUAUGAAAAUCCCCGGACUUGGAAUCAUUUAUUAAUGGGCAUUCCAAAAAAUUCGUCUCUCCUCGAAUGUGAAAUUCAAAUUCCCGAAGUUAAUUAUAAACGAUCGGAGAAAAUAUUCCAUCAGUCUUGUGCUAAACAAAAUUUAUUUAUUUCCUAUGACAACGAAUCGAAUUGUGCCGUCAAUAAAAAUUAAUUAAUUCAAUAAAAAAUUCAAUUUUUUAUCAAACUUUCAAUAAAAUUUAUUAAUUUUCAACAAUAUUAUAAUAAAAAGGCAAGAGAAAAUAUUUUUAAAAUAGAAAAAAUAUUUCCAAUUAUAGAAAAAAUAUUUUCAAAAUAGAAAAGAAUUUGUGACGAAGAAGGGGAAAAUGUUGAAAUAAAAAAAAUAUAGGAUAUCAGAAAGGUUUUGCGAAUGCGCCAACAUUCUUCGCGAUAAUGCGGGGGUGAAAAUCGUCUUUAAAGGCAGAGGGGGAGGAUUUCUGGCUGAAGAGCAACAGGCGAUUUCCUCAAGAUUAUCACUAACAACUCAUCCCCGUUGUUUGUACCAAUUCCUUUCGACAAAAAAGCAAUCUGAUGACAAGAGAAAUGGGACGCACCAUCUACAUUGUUUUAUUAAUUGCAGUUUGUGCACUUUGGACUUUUGGUGAGGCACUUUCUUGCGACCAAUGUGGCAGGGAAUGUAUAAAAAUUUGUGGAACUCGAGGAUUUCGGGCAUGUUGCUUCAAUAAUUUGAAAAAAAGAGUUCCUGCCGUUGGACUUUGGGUUGAUCCACCAAAACAUGCAGGUCAUUUUCAUCUCA